UCAAUUGAAACUUCCAUUGAGCAUGCUUUUUAGUCCAGCACUAGACUCAAUCUGUGUCCAGGAAACAGGCCCCAUAUGUAUUACUGACAUGCUUGUCCUUGUUCAGGACUCCACACACUGGCUUCAGAUUGAACCCUUGACUUCCACUGUCCAGGGAGUGACAAUGUUCAGACACAGGACACCCAAAGGGAGUUAUGAGUGCACAGUGUCUGGGCUCCGCUGGCUGUGUGAGAGAGAUGUCAUUCUGAAGUAUCACUUCAGGAACUGGGAACCCUACAGUCAACUUCUGAAAGACAUGCAGUACACACAAGGUGGUCCAUUGCUGGACAUCGCUAUGGAGUUAGGUGAACUGGAGGAAGUUCAUCUGCCACACUUUGUCUGUUUAGGGACCAACCCUUCCCUGAGGAAUGAGAUGAAGAUUCAUCAUGUUGAGGAACAUGGAGUGUCUUUAGAGGAAGUGCAUGAGGUUACCAGAUUCCAUGCUAAGAUUCUCCAUCCCAAGUUCUCACUUAUCUCAGUUAUACUGAGAUUACUGUCUUUGAACAUAGAUGUCCACUGUGACGUGGUCCUCUAUAUGGCAGCUGUUCGGGAACAGGAGAAAAAUCUGGUGUCCAAAGGAUUUUCAGAAUUCGUCCUGUCAAGUCCAAACGGGCCCUUAAAGCUGAACAGUUUGUUUGCAUUCAAGAAUCCCCACUCCACUUCCAUCAAUCCAGAGAAGAUUCAGCUGUUACCUGCAGACACCACACCAAGCUGUUGUCAGAUGAUUAUGGGAAACACAGGGGUUGACAUUGAGAUGGAAUUAAUCGGGGAAGAUGAGAGGACAGUAUGGAAAUCAGUGGUAUCAAAAGAUGUAUACAGCAAAGACUCUCAUCCAACAACAUUAAUACUCAUUGGGAUUCCUGCUGAGGAGUUUCUUCAGAAUCACAGGGCUAUACUCAUUCAGGGAGUCAAAAACGCAAAGCCAAUAGCAGAUGUUCUGCGGUUGAAGAGCAUGAUUGGUGAUGAAGAGUACUCCAGAAUAAAAGCUGAAACAACUGAACAGGACCGAAUGAGAGAACUACUGAAUGCAGUCCUCCCUAAAGGACCAGAAGUGACGGGAGCUUGUCUCAAAGCUCUCAUUGAACAUGAACACCAUCUUGUUAAGCACUUGAGUGAAUCUAGGUAAGACCGUUUUCUUUUCUCCCUCCCUUGAAUAUGUGGA